GACAGAAAAUAUAAUUAACAAGCCAUUAAUAACCACUUGUCCAAGAAAAAUAGACUGUCUAAUGAUGACUUUCCACAGAUUAUGAAACUAGGCGUUUUUUCAGUUGCCAAUCUACUGUAUCUAAGAUGUUUGCCAUGGGGUUUCCAACGCACCCCUGUGAUGUAGCAUACAACACACGAGCACGCACGCACACACAAACAGGCAAACAAACAACGUGAGAGUGGUGAAUGUCACGGCGGUAGCUCGGGCCCAGUGUUUAUCAUGAUCGAUUAUGCCCGGACUCAGCGAGCGCGGACGCCGGGCCAGUGAGCAGCAGCAGUGACCGUCCCCGCCGCCUGGCCCCGGUUAGCCCCGCGCGGCAAUGGCAGCUGGCCGUUGAGCUCUCGCACGGACACCGGAGGACCGAGGUGCGUCCGGGGAGAGGGGGGCAGCACGAAGGGAUAGAUCAAAAUUGGAUCCUAAUUCGCUGAUGUCGCCGCCAUCUUGUUGAUACUUUGCAGUCAUCGUUUCGCUACAUUUUCCAACUGCCUUAUUCACUUUCUCGCGGAAACAUGAACCCUUCGGCUACCCAUUACGCUUUUGCUUCAGGGUGUGUUUUCAAAUUGUUACGACUAUUGAUGACAUUCAAUCGAACAUCCGUAUCGGUUGGAAAAGUGGAACACCCGCUGCUACCGUAGCGAUGUUUUCUGUCACUUGCGACUUUCUCGGCGCCUGAUGUCUUAACGCGGAGGUGCACAGCUAUCCAAAAAAGGUGGAAAUUGGCGCAUCUCACCUGAUGGACGGCUGCAGGGCAGCUACGUCCUUCUUUGCAACAUUUAUCAGACACAGAGACACCGUGGAACUAGGCUACUGUAGUUAAUUUGUUUCCACUGUUUUGAUAGCAUAACCAACUGCAAGGCGAAACAUUGAUAAGUGGAUGGUUGCCUCAUAGCAAAUAGGGCAUUUAACAGGGCCCCCAAACGACUUUUUACCAUUGUGCUACCGCGCUUCCACUAGUGGCCAAGUUUGUAUUUGAGGGAGCAUUUAGAAAAAAUGGACAUAACGUCUCGUCCAAUCUGACAUUUUUCUGCCUUUGACCAGUCUAGUAGUCUUCUUCGCCUGUACGACUUGUGUCCCCGCGGCACAGGCUGAAGGUUGGCUCUAACGGCCUCCUCAGCAAAGCUAUGACCGAGAGGCUCCUUGAAAAAACAAGGGUAACCUUAAACAUAUAUUGUGCCAUAACAAACACAACUGAAAGUAGGCCUACAGCUAGUCCACAAGUUAGUUAGAUUCGCUAACCGAUAGAAGUAGGGCGAUCGAGCGACAAGUCACCCCCUUGAGUUGUUUACGAAACUUGUCACCGUUUAGGCUACUUCACUGGUUAUUGAACGGAAGCUAUGCAGCACCUAAUAGUACGACUUCAUCCCUCUCCUCGAGCCCUAUCUGCCUGCCAACGUGCUAGAGAUCUCGGUACACAAUGUACGACCACGCUUUUGAUGUAAAACAACUGCGCAAGCGAUGGAGAGAGAGGGAGAGAGAGAGCACGGAGUGGGAGGGAGGAGAGAGUGUGGUAUUGCACAAUGUCUUUUAUUAAUCCACUCUACCACGGAAUGGACUUAAGCUCGUGCAUUCUCUCCCUCAUGUGAGCGGUUGGUGUUUAUUUGCCUGCACGGAUAUAGCAUAGAACUCUCCUGAGGGAGCGACCCAGGAGGGGUUACCCGGCCAUGUCGGGAGGGGCGGAGGGAGAGGACGCAGCGCCAGAGGCGGCCACAGGGGGCAGCAGCGGUGCCGAGGGGGGUGGCCAGGAGUUCUCCAUCAAGGAGGCCGACUACUCCGAGGGCUGUGUCAAGCUGAAGAUCGGCGUCGGGACGAAACGGACCAAGAAGCCCCCCAAGAUCCUGGAGAACUACGUGUGCCGGCCGCACAUACGCACCUCGCUGCGUCCCGCACGGGGCACCGCCGGGGGAGGAAGAGGCGGGCAGAGGAACGAUGCCACGGGAGGAGCCAGCCAAUCACAGAGCCCGACGAGGAGCAGGGACAGGAAGGAGGUGGUGGCGGCAGUGACGACGGUGUCUGAGCAGGGAUCAGGUCUGGCGUCGACGGAUGUUUCCUGUUCGGCAACGAGGAGCGACUCCUCAGUGUCUGUCGUGGAGACUCCUGUCACCCUACCGGCCAAGCGGGCUCCUCCGAAGUUGGCCCAUAAGGCGGGCAUGAAGGAGCAGCCCCAGGAGGGGACCACCGGGCUCCAGGAGGGCUCCCCCAGGCAGCUAGCCCAGAGCGGGGGCAAGGCGUCAGGCAAGGCAGCAUCGGAUGGGGCCUCCUCCUCCAUCUUAAAGGCGCCCCCCUCCAGCUCCCUGUCCCCCACCCCCGCCGCCUCGCCCCCCUCCCCCACCAAACAGCACUGCACGGUGCAGGAGAGUGCCAAGGUGACCAAUGGGGAUGCGCAAAAGGACGACAAGGGUGUGCAGCAGAGAGACGAGAACACACGGAGCACGCAGAGAGAAGACAAGAAUGCGCAGAGGGAGGAGAAGAAGAGGAGCACGCAGAGGGAGGACAAGGAAGCUCAGAGGACGGAUGACAAGAACCGGAGUGGUGCGCAGAGAGAUGACAAGACCCGGAGCACGCAAAGACAAGAGCAGGACAAGAGCUCCAAGCCCAGCCUGAGGGGCACCCAGAACUCUAAGAACUCGGCCCCCAAGCAAAGGGACAGCCGGAGCAUGCAGAGGGAGGAGAGGGACAAGACCGCACUGAGAGAGGACAAGAGCUGCUUGUCCAGCCAGAGGGACUCUCAGAGAGAGGACAAACAUGUCCCAAGAGAGGAGAAGAGCAGUCAGAAAGAGGAGAGGAAGAGUCCGAGAGAGGACAAGAGCUCUGUCCCCAACCCGAGGGACACUCAGAGCUCCAGGAACCCUGUCACCAGGCAGAGGGAGGAGAGGACCAGGAGCUUGCUGCGAGAGCACAAGAGCACACAGAGAGAGGACAAGAACAGGAGCAGUGUCCCCAGCACUCAGAAAGAGGACAGGAACAGGGAUCCACAGAGAGAGGACAAGCAAAGGGACAAUGAAAGGGACAAACAGAGGGACAAUUCGCCAAAGGACAACAAGAGCCCUGUGCCCAGUCAAAGGAACUCCUCCAGUGGUGGUGGUGGAGGUGAGAGGUCGAGUGGUGGAGGUGAGAGACCAAGUGGUGGGGAGAAGUUGAGUGAUGGUGGUGGCAGUGAGAAGCCCAGUAGACGCAGUGGCUCCUCCAGCACCUCCAGUCGUCCGAAGCAGCAGAGGUCCCGGGCCUGCAAGCCGCCGCCCUCCCUGUCUGAAUCCCACGCCUCCCCCAUGGGCAGCAGUCCAACUGCCAGCUCUUCCCCUCACCUGUCCUGCAGCAGCCCUGCCUUCUCCGACACAGGAGUGGCUCCGUCCGCUUCGCGAGAUGCCGUUGCUGAGGACAACCUCAGCCACCAUCGUCCGUCCCUGUCCCCCAAGGCGGACACCACCACCUCAGCAUCAAUGGAGAGGGACAGGGCUGAGGACAGCAGUAGGUGCCGCAGCAUGUCUGUGUCCUCCACCAUCACGGCCAACUCUCCGUCAUCAACGUCACCCGUCACUACCCUGGCAAUGGCAGCUAGCAGCAAUAAGAGCGGCGGUGCUAAACCGGCUCCUCGCAGCCCUUCCCCAUCACACACCCUCCCCUUGCCCCUUCCCAGGCCAGACCAAAGCCCCGGACCAGUGCCUGCAGAUGAGAGGGACAGGGGAGGACAAAGUCCCGCCUCCCCCCGGUCCAUCACAGCGAUUGGCUGUGUCGCCAGUCUAUCGGUGUCGGAGGGCAGGCCAGGGCCAAUCCAGUGGGGUGCAGGGGUCGAGCAGCCUAAAGACUUCAGCGUACAUCACAAGCCACCAGGUGCCUCUGACCCAAUCAGACUAGAUGUCACUGGUGGUGGCAAAGGGUCCCCGGGCGGUGGUAAGGGCUCUCCGGGGGGCAGCAAGGGGUCUCCGGGGGGCGGUAAGGGCUCUCCGGGGGGUGGCAAGGGCUCUCCGGGGGGCGGUAAGGGCUCUCCAGGGGGCGGUAAGGGCUCUCCAGGGGGUGGUAAGGGCUCUCCAGGGGGUGGUAAGGGCUCUCCGGGAGGUGGUAAGGGCUCUCCAGGGCAGAGCCGCAGGGGCGGCAUCUAUGGACAGCAGCAGCAGGAAGGUAACAUUGUCAUGCCAACAGCCACCGCCUCCUCUGCCGCCUCCAAGUCCCCCUCCCCCUCCCGAUCCCCCGCCCAGGACAGCCGGCCGCUCAAGAAGCGCAAAGGACGCUGCCCCCGCUGGUCAAAAGUGGUGCAGCAGGCGGCUGUGCUAACACCCGACAGGAGUGUGCAGAGGGCGGGGCAUCAGGCGCAGGUGGUGACAGGUGACAGGUGUGCGGUGGCAGCUUCAGGGGACAGGUGCGUGUCGAGUUUAAACACGACCGGCUCUGCGUCCUCCUCGCCGCAUCGGCAGCAUCAGGUGAAGCCAACAGCGCCGCCGCCGCCACCAGCUCCCCCUCGCCGACCCGUGGGCCGGCCACCCAAGUGCAGCCAGUUCCCCGCCGCGCAGCCAAAGAAGAGGGGCCGGCCGAGGCUGAACCCAAUCCCGGGGCGGCAGCAGAGCUUGCCAGGAUUCAACACAGUGGGGCUGGGCCCUCACACACACUCCAACACACACACAAACACACACUCCUCCCUCACAGCUAGCAACACACACGCCGUAGCCACGCACUCGGAGGCAGCGAGUCUAAACCCACCGAACCCCCUGAAGAGGAAACGAGGUCGUCCAAAACUUUCAACAUCGAGACCUUCGACCUUGGGGUCAGGGUCAAGGUCAGUCUCAGAGCAGCACCUCCUCAAGGGCUCCUCCUCCAAUGGGGAUGCGUUCCGGCUCGCACAGGACGACCACGACGGGACUAUUGGCCAAUCAGGCGCGAAGGGAAACGGGCAGCUAAUGAUGAAGUCAAUCAUCGGCAAGAUCAACAAGAUGAGGACCAAACGGCGCCGGUGGGUGCUGACCCAGCUCCUGUCGGGGGCCAGUGAGGUGGGGGGAGAGGGGGCCGGGCGGAGGAAGGCAGGAGUAGUAGGAGGAGGAGCAGGGUGCACGUUAGACCCUGCGUCUCCUACCGUAGCCUCCAUCCCGUCUCUGGCGGCAUCCUUAGGGGGGAAACUGGGUCCGCAGAUCAACGUCAGCAAGAAGGGGACCAUCUACAUGGGCAAGAGGAGGGGCCGCAAGCCCAAGGUCCCCAUCGCUCAGUCCAAACUGGGCGAGUCCAAACUGGCCUUCUCCCCAGACUCCGCCCCCUUCUCCUCGUCCUCCACGCCGCUGACCGUCUUCGGCUCCGUCUCCAUGACGACGGGAAACAGCGGCAGCGGCCUCUUCGGCAGCCCAGCAACGUUCCGGAACCAAAGUGCCAUCUCCGCCCUCAGCCAAUCAAAGCAGCUGUUCUCCACGACGAUGUCAUCAUCAUCGCUGCUGUCAUCAUCGUUAUCGUCGCCGUCGCUGUCCGCCACGGCAGGUGCUCCUCUCUUCCAGAACUCCUCCGCUUCCUCUUCCUCUUCCACUUCCUGUUUCCUGUCUCCGUCUCAGAGGAAGUCGUCAUCCGCGUACAGGGAGCACCACCAGCCGCGUCACGACCGCAAAGCCUCCCUGUCCUCGUCCAAAACCUCUCUGUCCUCGUCGCCGCUUUCCGCCUCCUCCCUGAGUGAGCUGAAAGACGCCGCCCUUUCCCCGCCGUUGCCUAGCGACGGCAGCAGCAGCAGCAUGGCCCCCGAGGGCCGCAUGGCAGAGUGGGCGGAGCGAGGCGGCAAGGGCAGCGGCGUUGGCACGGCGACAGCAGCAGGCCGAGGUAUGGCGGCGAGUAGUCUGCCCUCCUCCUCCGACGCCCGCUGCCCCCCGCGCUGGACAUUUGGGGCGCCCCCCACACACACAGGGGUGACGUCCGGCUCACACAGGGGGCGCGAGAGGUCAUCGCUCACCCAGCCCACCCCGCCUGCACCCCUGUACCCCCACACCCAGCGCUCGGCGUCCCCCCCUGCCCCCACUGCCCCCUCCUCGGGCACCCAGAGGCAGAAGCACAAGCACAGGUGCCGAGGCCGUCUGCACGGCUGCUCGGGGGCCAAGGUGAAGGGCCGCGGGGGUCGGCGCAGCAAGAGGAAGUGGCUGGGCCUGAGGGGCGGGCUCUCGGACCCCGACUUCCUGUUGGAGGUGGAGCAGCUGGGCCUGCGUUUGAGCCGGGUCCACCUGGCGCACCUGAGGGGCACACCUGACGCCGCGGGGCUCGACGGCGAGGCGGGCAGCGGGGGAGGGGUUGGGGGCGGUGGCGCCGGGGGCAACAGCGCGGGAGGAGGAGGAGGGGCAGGAAGUGGAGUUGGAGGGGGCCGCCACGCGUCACACGCGCACCACUGCGUUCCCCAGAACCUGCUGCCUACGAUCUUCCAGAUCAACUUCAGCGGGUACUACUCGCCCCACCUGGCCUGCCCGUACGACUCGCUGCACUACACACGCAAGCCCGACGCCAAGAAGAAACACGCCACGCACACACACUCGCACUCGCACGCCCACCAACACACACACGCGCACACGCACUCGCACGCACACUCGCACUCGCACCACCCUCCGAAGUUCCGGGACGUGUCCCCGUCCGACGUGCCCUUGCUGCAGGGUUUGGGGUUCCCGCUGGCCCCCCAGUCGGGUUACUACCGCUCCCCUCACCGCGUUCCCUACGGUUCGCCUCUCGGGCUGGGCUACUACAAGCGCUACCCCUCCAGCGACGCCCUCUACACUCCGCCCGAACACGCAUCGGCCUUCCCCUCCUACGCGCACGCUCACACGCACGCACCUCACGGGCACGCGCACCACUCCUACCCGCUGUACGUGCACCCGUCCAAGCUGCACAAGAAGAAGCACAAGCUGGCCAUGCGGGGGGGUGUGGAGUGCGGAGGAGGGGGUGAGGGGGGCGUGCGCUCAUCGCCCCUCCUCUACCCGGCGUUUGGCACAGAGGGCAGCUACCGCUGGGCGGGCGACUACAAGCGUAAACGCCGGCAUCGGCACGGAGACGGGGCCGUCGACGACCCAGCAGAAGAGAGGCGGGGCGAGGGGGUGGGCGGGGCCGACAAAUCGGAAGCGAGGAGCUCGGACUUCAGCCAAUCCGACGGCAGGAUCUCGGACUUCAAGGAGCCCAUUGGUUGCCAGUGGCGACACAAGUACGAGUCACCACCGUCGGCGAGUCGCGGCUUUGGGACGUCGGCACAACACGCAGCGUCUUUCUCGACGUCGGGGGAUACGGAGCGAAAUAUGUUUAAGGACGCCACGCUGGGCUGGGGAGGUGCCGGAGCUGGGCCGGGAGGGUGCAGGGUAACAGAGCGGGGAGGCUGGCUGAGGGGAGGCAUGUUCCCCAGUGCUCCCGCCCCCGAACACGGACCGGGGAAGGGCGGGGAGUCGUCUCGGAGCGGCUCAGACAGCGAGGAGGAGGACGAGGAGGAAGAGGAGGAGGGGGACCCCGAGCCGUGUAAAUUGGGGAGCACCACGUCGGCCUCGACGUCAAAAGCACCCACCCACAUCAACCUGUUCACCAACGCCUUCAGCCAGGGGGGAGGAGUCAGCGGCUUCGCCAGCCUAUCAGCAAGCAGCUCUGGCGGGGGAGGAGGAAUCGCUGAGAUGGGACGGACCAAUAGGAGAGAGCGGUCCUCAGCAGCAGGCCACUCCAGGAGCAGGGAGACGGUGAGGGAGCCAAGUCCAGACUCUGACUGUGCGGACCCUCUAGACGACAGCAUCCACCUGGACCAUCCUCACCUCCACCACCACCACCACCACCACCGCAACCCCACUGCCCUGCACCGCCAUGCCCAGCGACACAAACCCUUCCUUGGGCAGCCAUCGCCGCACUCUCCCCCCUCCUCUGGAGCUCUACGAGGCAGGAAGCCAUCCGGAUGCAUACGCAUGGGUGGAAUGGGGGACCCGGAGACCCUCACUGAGCAUGCCCACUCGCCCUCCUCCUAUAGGCCCAGAGGUGGACCGGUGGCAGACUACGGCGACGGUACCGGUGCCAGUACCAGCAGGUCCAGGCCUGGUAAGUCUCACCUCAGCCACCUGAAUAAGAUCCUGCGUGCGAAGAAGAUGCAACGUGCGGCCGUGACAGGCAACAACGUGGUGAAGAAGAGAGGUCCUGGACGACCCAGGAAGCACCCCCUCCCCGAGCCCCCACCUCCCCACCACCGUGCUCUCCACCCCCCCACUAUGAAGAGGGCCAAGAAGAGGAGGUGGACGGAGAGGGAGGAGGAGGAGGAGGAGGAGGAGGAAGAGGAGGAGGAGCAUCGGAUGGGAGGAGGAGGAGGGAAGAAGACGGAUGCACUUCAUACGGAGCAGUUCUCCUGCCGUAGUUUAGAGGUUGGGAGGCCCAAACCUCACCCUUCCAUUGGUUUGUUUCUACCCGACCGGCUCCCGCCCACAGCAUCUGCCAACCAAUGGGAGUGUGGCAUCCCUCAGCCUAGCCAAUGGGAUUGCGGUAUUCCUCAGCCUCCGAAGAAGAAGUAUGAGAGGGCAGGACUAUACGCUGACGUGUACAAGACUGAUGAUCCUGAGUCCCAGUUUGCUCAGUCUCAGUGGGAGAGUUUGGAGUACACGCCAGGGCAGCAUGACUAUGGCCUGAUGCCUGCUCCCAUACACGUGGGAAAGUACCUGCGGCUGAAGCGAAUCGACUUCCAGCUCCCCUACGAUAUCCAGUGGCUCUGGAAACACAAUCAGCUCCACAGGAAACCUGACCCUCCAGCAUACAGAAAAAUCACCUCCAAUGUGUUUGUGGAUGUGAAGCCUGUUUCUGAGCUGGUGGCUACUGAGUGCAGCUGUGCUGCUCUGGACAACACUAACACUAACACUAGCACCAGCAGCGCCCUCACCACCAGAGUGUGUGUGGAUGGAGAAUGUCCCAACAGGCGUGUGUGUGUGGAGUGUGUGUCGGCUGUGUGUGCCAGCGGCGAGCGCUGUGCCAACCGGGUGAUAUCGCGGCGUGAGUGUGCGGGGGGCCUGGAGCGCGUCAGGGUGGGGGCAGGCUGGGCACUGCGCACCGCCACCCCCCUCGCACCCGGCCAGUACAUCACAGAGUACCUGGGGGAGGUGGUCAGCCAGCUGGAGUUCAGGAGGCGUAUGUCUGCCCGUCGGUACGGCUUGAGUCCCCAGUUCAGCUUGCCUCUGUGUGGAGGGAUGGUCAUCGACAGCCACCGCAUGGGCAGCGAGGCGCGGUUCAUCAGGCACAGCGAGGAGCCCAACUGCACCGCACAGCAGUGGUCAGUGAAUGGGAUCUAUCGUCUGGGAGUAUUUGCGCUCACACACAUCAGCAGCGGAGUAGAACUCACACUCAACUACCACACACACCAAGCACAAGAUCAGCAGGUGUGUAGGAAGAGAGCUGAUGAGUGUGAAGUCCAGAGAGACCAACUGGUGUCGCCACCGCUGCCUAGCAACCAGCACAGAGACGACGUGGACACACACCGCGACACACACACACAUACACACACACACACCAGCAGGAAACAGGAGUCAUCUGUCGGCAACUCCAGGUGUUCUCCCUGUCUGAGGAUGAAGGCACUAUCUAGCAGAGACAGGGAGUUUGUGCUGCGUCGGGGCAUUUUCCUAGUGCGAAACUACGAAGUGGUCCGACUCAAACAGGAACAGCUGGAGGAGAGCGAGAGUAGGAGAGAGAGAGCAGAGGACUCAGAGAGGAGGAGAGAGAGAGCAGAGGAGAACGAGAGGAAGAGGGAGAGAGCGGACGAGAGCAAGAGGAGCAGAGAAAAAGAGAAGGAGAAGAACACCUGUAACAAGGACGGCCACGACGACAGCGACUGUAGCAAAACAGGGUCCAUGAGGCCUGCUCCAGAGCCUGAUGACAGUGACUCCAACAGCCUCACGGGCAUCUGCAAGGAGAUCUGUGACAUCAUGACGCGCUACAAAGACUCAGCUGGCCACAUCCUGGCAGCUCCUCUUCUGAACCUGCGCUCAAGGAAAAGGCGGCCUCGGGGUAGUGAAGGUGAUGUGGAUGGAGAGCCUCUCGACCUGAGCACCGUGCGCAGGCAGAUCCUCUCUGGCCAAUACACAACGCUGGACGCCUUUGACAAGGACAUGCUCAGAGUCUUCCUAAGCGCUGAGAAGUACUACGGCAAGACGUCCGCUGUGGGCCGAGACGUGUGCCACCUACGGAGGGCAUACCAGAGCAUCCGCCGCAACGCUGCCAUCCAAUUGGGCGACGCAGAGGAGGAGGCCGACGACCACAGUGCCACGCCCGUCGACGACCAGGACUGUGGCUCCGCCCAGCACAGCUGUCACCACGACAACCAGGGCCAGGAGGGCAGGGACGAGUGGAGGGCUCAGUGUCAGCAGGACACGAGGUCAGAUGGCUGUUUCUCCUCCCUCAUCCUGCACUCUGCACUGGACCGCAUGGAGGCUCAGAGGAAGAGACUGGACAUGGUGGUCUGGAAACUACUGCAGCCACAGCCACAGCCACAGCCACAGCCACAGUCCAGCACAGAGAGGCUUCCCAUGAUGCAUCUGUCUCCACGGCAGCAAGCGGCCGGCACAGUACCCGCAGCCGACAACAAGAACAGCAGAGCAGAGGCCAGGAGGACGGAGGGAUGAGGACAACGGAGGAGAGGGGGACAGAAGAGGAGAGAAGGGAUGACGAGGAGGAGGAGAGAUGAAGAGGGCGGAGAGGAGGGAUGGG